AAGAAAGAAAUUCAAGUUUGUCUGUUAAUUAUUUAUGACAUAAAACAUGCUAUCACCAUUUUAAUAACUAUAACUUAUAGUGUAUAACUGAAGGUGGGUUGUCGGUGUGUCGAACAGAAAGCUAUUUUCUAAUGGAAAAAUAAUAUGUGCAAAUUAACUAACUGUUCUGACAAAUACAUAAAACCAAUUUUAAGACUGUUGAAUAUCAGGAAAACCCCACCAGAUUAUCGAUAGAACUAAUAAACGUGCUUCGAAAGAAUGUGAAGAUUUUUAUAGUCCUAAAUUCAAUUAACGGUCCCUUUCAGUGAAACUUUUUACGUCUAAAGAAACGUCUACCGAUAAUUAUUUAAACUUGAUAAUAUUACUGGUGCCAAUUUUCUUGGUUCCAAGUAUAUACCUUAACUUGAUUAACUUUCGUACUAAUCCUAACUGUAAGUAUUACCAUGAUAAGGCACGCUACCCAGAGCGAGAUAUGUGUGUACAUAUGUAUGUAUGUGUAUAAAUUCAUGGGCAAGACCAGGUGUGCCUGUUAAUUAACAUCGUUCACCAACUAAACACACACGUCUGCAAGGUAAAUUUAGUAUAAUUUGUAGACAUCGGAAAUUUAGUAUCUUCUCUCGAGCUGCAAUAUAACGAACAAUGUCAAAAUGACCACCUUAAAUAAGAUUUUCUCACUAACUUGUUCCAUCUUAGUCGCACAUUUUAUUCUGCCAACUUUCUUGAUUCUAAUUGUUGCACCACUUUAUAUCUAUAAAAGUUGCGUGGUAUUUUUGUCAAAGUGGAAAGUCGGGAUUUAUGCCCCUUUAUCUGUUGGGGACUGUAUUCAUGUUUUGGACGAUAUUCACGGACAACCGAGAUGUUCGAUUUCUUGUGUAGUUCACUUUAGGGGCAGGUUUUCAGUCGACCAAUUUGUAAACCGAUUGAAACUAAAAAUUUCGGAGCAACCUAAAGAAAGCUACGACAGGUUAACCUGCACCAUUACACGAUGGAGGUGCGUCUACUUUUGGAAAAAGUGUGAAGAUUUUGAUAUUUUGGAUCACAUCUCCGUAAACGAGGAAUCGAAUCCGGACAAGAUUUCUGCUUUUUUGACGGAUCAAAUAGAUAAGGGUUACCCUGUGGGUAAACCGCUCUGGGAUGUUGUGUUUCUGCCUAACUGUGUUCACGCAGAGUACGGCACCUCCUCAGCCGUGGCACUAAGAAUGCAUCACUCGGUCGGCGACGGCCUAAGCUUCGUGGCCUUGGUUCGCGAUAUGUGCGACGAAAAUCACGCUGCAGAUGAAGAGAUUAAAAAACUGUUGAAGGGCUUCAGGAAAAAAUAUUCUCAAAAUUUCUGGAAAAAACUUAGCUGCGUUUUCCAACUAAUAUUCAUCAAUCCGUCCGAGGGAAUGUACAAUUGGAUCAAAGCUUUGAAGUCCCAAGUCAUCCCGCGUGAUUUAAGUCAAAAUACUACCUGUGGGUGUAUAUUCGCGACGACGCUAAUUGAUUUGGCAUGUUUGAAACGUAUCUCUAAAAUAGUUGGGGCUAAUGUUUCCUCCGUAAUUCAUGCCGGUGUGGCCGGUGCUGUUCGAAGGACGAUGAUAGACAGGGGUAGUGAACCCACAGGGGAUAUUACAGCUACGUAUAUCCUCCCAAAAUUGGACCAUCCGGGGACUUUAUCCAACAAUGCGUAUAGCAUUCCUAUAAUCACACCAAUGUCUGGAGAUGAUGGUAUCAAACGAGUCACCGGGAUUUCCCAUCAACUGAAUCGAAUCUUCUCCACUAUUCCGAUCGCAAGUAUGCUGCCUUUCAAUAUGUUAGGAUUACUUCUUGGUGCCCAUAUUCAAACGAAGGUUAUGUCGGAUAUGUUCACAUAUGCGCAUUCGAAUAUGGCCUUUUUUGGAGAGCCGAUAAAAAUUUUUGGAAUCACUUUGGAACGGAUUGUCGUUGCUUCCGGGUUGCUGCGAGGAUCAAAUCCUCUCUUUAUUCUUACUACGAGUUACAAUGGAAAAUUAUUCCUGCAACUGGUCGGGAAUAAGGCGGUGUUUCCAAAUGAGGAAAGUUUACUUAGGCUUGCCAAGUAUGUUGAGAAUGAAAUCAAAGAACUGGAUAGGCAGUGUUAUACCGAAGUGUCAGAUCUGGUCGCGACAAUGGUAUGAAGUCGAGAUUAUUUGGAGGAAAUCGAAACAUUAAAAACUUCACUGAUUAGUUACCAGCCUAACAGUUACACACAUAUGAAAGUAUUUAGUAAUUAUCAAAUAAAUAAUAAAAUCUGGUAUAAUUUUUGCAUGCUUCAAAUGAUACCCGACACUUGAGGAAUGUGUUUAUGCUUCAAUAACUCACGGCAAUGUGAAAAGUUAUGCACAUCAAACUUGAUUUCCUUAGGUGUUUAAUUAAAGUCCCAUAAUACAUAAAUACACGGUGCGUUUGUUUUCCCAAAUUCGAUACAAAAUUCUACUUUAGAAAAUUUGUUAUAAUAUAUUAAUUAUGAAUAAAUAUCAUUUCGGCUAUUA